AUGUCGUCGAACAACGCACGCGCUGUUGCAGAGACCCUGGAGGCCAAGAAGAAAGAGGUUGUCGAAGACGGCCUCUCAGUCGCCAGGAUACUCAAAAAGAACGUGAUUGCGAUUAACAAACACUUGCAGGAAGAGGAUGCCAUGGUUGUUGACGAAGUUCACUCAAAGACAAGAGAGAACCAAGCAAAACUAGAAGCAGAAGCCCUGGCCUUGAAAAAGUCGUUGGUACAGGUGGUGGCUGGAACGAAGCAACGAAGGCAAAUGUUCGGCUUCAUCUUGCUGACGAUCAUUGCUGUGGGGCUUCUUUGCCGCGUUACCUAA